GCGUUAAAAAAAGAACAGGAAAUCUAUUUCAAAUCCCAGCCGAAAUAUGUACUUUCGACUUCGCCAGCGACCCACUCUCGGCGAAUACCCAAGGAAGUAGAUAGUCGAGUUUCCGGGGUCCCGUCGAGGGCGUACCCACGUGAUAAAUGUACCUUUAUAUCGAGGUCAAGAGCGAGCAGUUACGACCUUUCAAAAAUCCUCAUGAUAUUUCACGGGGAUAUGGUCAGCUUCAAAUAUUCAACAUCUGACCCCUCGCACGAUUCGAAGAUACCUUCGCUCGUAGCUUUUCCAAUAAUAGAAACGAGCUGGAUUCUUCUAACUAGCCACCACCUUCGAUUCAGAGAAAAUAAAACUCAAACUCGAACGGAAAUAACAUUUUCGCUAACUGAACUAACAUUUCAAUUAAUUUCUCCGCUAUAUUUUCUGCGUAAGAGAAAGUUGGUGCUGCCAGCUUUAUUUUAUCUGGCGCAACCUCACCGGCUGAGGCCAACCGCGACGUGAACCACGAACGAAAAAGAUAUAGCCUGCACUACGCUGCAGAUUUGAUUCUACGCCUUUUGAUCGAUCAGAUGAUCUUAAAUUCGCUCGUGUUUGGAGCAGAGUGAGGAAAAAUAGGAGCGCAUUGUAAAUCCGGUCCGAGAUAUAGUUUUCGAUCGUUAAUAAAUCAAGGACAAUCGAAGGUGGGAUUUACAAGGACGAUCACCUCCUUCGAGCAAAAUAAAAAAGAUGGAAGUUCACGCGCAAUAUUUAAAGGCUAUUCAGAGCAUCGCGGGUUCUACACCCGGUGAAAAAUACAGGACGAUAAAUUCGGUGGUUAAAAAAAUGGCGUCGGAUUCGAAAGGGGAUCGGGUAAUUCCAGAGGACAUUCCGGAAGUCCUGAUGCCACUGGUUCGCGUUGAGAUGGCUAAACUUCUGCGACAAUACGAGGGUAUAAUUGAAGCGUUGAAGAGCGAGGACCUCGCCGUUGUGAGACGUGCCCUCAAAGCGACGUGGUUUUUCGAAUAUUUGAAUGAAAAAGAAACCGAGACGAGCUGCAGGUAUUUCCUGAAGAAUCUAACGGCGGAAAUGUCGCUUUUCGCUCGAUCGAGAGUGAUAAAAAAAUUUGCCAUCCAUAUGAGGGACGUCAGAAUCGGAGCUGAAUUUUUCAACGAAAUUUACGAAACUUAUGGCGCGAAUCAGGCCGUCCCUAUGCUCUUGGCUUGCGACGAAGAUUUUACGUUUGAGACGAUAAACGAAAAGAAUAUAGUACUCCCGACUUGGGUGGUGAGAAAAAUUUACCGAAAAUAUCCGUCUCUCGUGAUCGAGUAUCUGAAACUCGGCGAGCCAAGGGACGAAGAAAAUGUCAGAAACAUUCGCGGAAUCGACAUCAAUAAUUACAAAGAAUUUUUGCCAACCCUCGCCAAGGAUCGUUUCGACGAUUUCAUGGCCGUAUACGAUUCCCACGGAGGUAUGGACCUGAAACUCGACGAAAAAACGUCCAACAAGUUCGUCGAAACUCGUCUGAAUCUGAUCGCCGCGAAUCCCGCGAAAUACCUGAACUUGGCACCGCUGAAAAUCGUCACGGAAAAACUGUCGGACGAGGAUUUUAAAGGAAUGUUCAAAAAAUUGUUCCCACCGCAUCGGGACGACUUCGCCUACGAUUAUCUCUACGGUACACUGAAGUAUUACAAAUCCGAGGAGAACGGGGCGCCAUUAAUUCUGGAUAUCUUCCGGGAGCUUUACGGCGAGGAUCUUUUGAGCGGUAAAUUUUUAACGAGUCCUAAUUUCGUGCGAACUUUACCGGCGUCCGCGAGGGUCAGGUACGCGAGGUCGAUGCUGAAACGGGACAAAUUUUGGUACUAUUGGGACCGGCAUUAUUCCUGGCGGUGUUACUUGCCGACCAGCGAAUCCGUUCCGCUGAUAAUAGGAGAGAUCGCGAGGACCCCGAACCGCAGCAAACGCAUCGGGCUUGAGGAGCAGCUAUUUUUCACCUGCGAGGUGAACGGAGACGAGAAAGCGCUUCUGAGGGUGCUGAACUACCUGUACGACAAUCACAGGGACGACGAUUACACCCUGAAAAUAGUUUGCUCGUCCUGCGACGCUACGAAACUCGGCCCGGCGCAUUGGAAGGUUUUCGAAAAAUCCUUCGAAUUACUGAAAAACCGAGGGGAUUGCGAACGCGUUGAAAUAACGAAGGCUUUGGAGACGGCCUUCCACUACUGUUCGAGUAACGAUCUUCCCUACGACGAAUACGUCGAGAUAUUCGUGAAUCUGAGAAUAGAGCGGGGAUGGGAGGGUUGGAACGUUUUGAAAAAAUUUAUGAACCUGGAGAAAAAGUUCCUCGAAUUAUUCGUGAAAUUUAUAUCGACGAGGCGGCCGUUCGCUGAGAAAAAAUCGAGGGAGCGCGAAUUCGACGUCGUGAGGGGCCUCGCGACGUCGCUGUGGGAUUUCAACGAACGUCACAAAAGUAGUUUAUCGAAAAAAUUAUCCGUCGAGGAGUACCCGUGGCUGAUGAAAAAUAUGGAAAAUUUUUUCAUCGUCGACGACAACGAAGCGUACAGAGAAUCGGAAAGGCUUUUUUUCGUUCGGUGCAGACGGCAAGAACCCGGUUUAUACGAUUACUGGAUACGGAAGCACGAGAACUUUUGGCUACUCGGGGCGCAAGUGAUACUCGAUGUGCUUUACAAGGAGCCAAAACGGGUGUCGAAAAACUGGAGGGAGUGUUUGAAGGAGGUACGGGAUACGAAACGUCAAAAACACGUGGUAGAAAUUUUCCUUCGUCGGAGUAAAUGGCACGAAAAUUUGCCGAUUAAUUUUUUCAACGAACUGAUCGCGGCCCACCUAUUCCCAGAGACUCGCCUAAGUUCGCUGAAAAUGCUGGCCUUACUGACCGACGGUGUGACUUACGGUAAAAUUAUCGAAGCUUUCAUUUAUCGCGGAAAUAAAAACGAUACAAUCGACGCAGCGUCGAAUUUGGCGAAGGUGAACCCUCCGGUUGGUUUCGAAAUAAUUUCCAAAAUUUUCGAUGCCGAUUAUUUCGGAACGACGUUGCGAUUUUCGGAGAGCGUUUGCCGUGGAUUACGAGUAGCUAAAGUGGCUUCGUUAGCGAAAAUUUUGACUACGAGAUCGGAGAAGGUUUCCAAAAAGCACGGGAUCAGAUUGGGAGGUUCGGUAGCGCCGUUGGAAGUACAAUACGAGAGCCUAGCCUCGAUGUGUAAAAUUGAGACGGACGUAUCGAUUCGACGGAUUCUUUUUUACACUAUUCGUGACCUAUUUCGUGCACAACCGGAUCCUCGCAGUUGGAAAUUGUUCGAAAACUGCAUCGAAAAAUUGGGAGCCGCGGACGACGUUGAGAUUUUCAAAAAUUUCGAUACCCUCUCCUGGGUACCGAACGACUACGUUUUCCCGUACGUCAGAACCGUUCUCAACGCGGUCGAAUCAGGGCGGGCAAGGAGCGAAGACCCGAAAUUUUUUGGGGAAAUUAUUUGCGGAUUCGUAAAAUCGAUCGACGACAAAAUCGCCGAACUCCUCCCGGAAGAAUACCUGGGUGAUCUUAUUCGAAGAUAUUUAUUCGUUUUUGAAUACGAUUCCAGAAUCGCGGAAGCCGCGACCGAACUGACUGUGAGCAGGUACAUACUAACGUCGAUAAAAAACGACAGACUGACGACGAGACUGAAAUUUUUCGGAGAUCAUUUGAGGCGUAGUGUAAAAAAAUAUUGGGACACACCUGGCCCGAGUAACCGUCAAUUUUACCCGAUGAAUUUCAUGGUCAAUCGAUUUUUCCAAACGAUCUGCGGCGGGGUAACGGAGAGAACGGACGUCAGAAUUUACGAAGAAUUGUUAAAAAAUUUUCUAUCCGUUCUCGAACCGCAUCAAGACGCUUCUUCCUACUUGCAGCUCGUCUUCUCCGUCGGAUUCCACGGGUCUGAGACAUCGACGGAUUUCGGUAGGAAAAUUUCUGGAAAGAUUCGCGAGGCGAUGGAUAUUUUUUCACCCGAAUACGCCGUCGUCGUGGCCGCUAAAUUCGCGGAUUUUAUGAAAACCAGAGCGUUCAGCGAUCCGGAAACCGGAGAUGAAACGAUAUUCACGAUCGCCGAAAAUUUUCUGGCCGAAGGCUCGGUGCCCUGCGCGAUGAUCGCCGCGAAUAUGUUGUUCGCCACAAAAUCGAAAAAACUCCAUCGGAGACACGUAGAUCUGAUUCAUUCGUUGAAAGCUAUUCGAAACUCCGGCGUUUCCAGUGUAGUGAAUGCAAAUUUGAGCGCUUUCAAAUAUCCAGAUCCGGAAUACGAAGACGAUUUAUCAAGUUCGUAAAAUUAUUCGUACUUUGCGCAAAGUGCGAUAAUAUUCCACACGUGUUUUCGGUUAUUGAAUAAAAAAAAUUUCCGAAUGAGCUUUUCUUUGAGGUCGAUGUGUGUUAU